AUGCUGUCAACGGCUAAAGUGAUGGCGCCGCCGGUGAGUAAAAAAACGACUCCGAAGCUGAAGAAAGCCCUUGCUAAGAAGACGGCGAAGACUAUCUCUGUCAUACCGCGCAAGAGAAGCACACAGCAACCUACGGACGAGGACGAGCGCGCUCCCAAGCUGCAGAAGACUGACCCAAUAGAUUCCAUCGCGAGCGCACCAAAACAUGGUUCAUCUCAGACGCCGAUACUCCUCGAUGAAUCGGAUGAUGACACACCGCCAGCGGAACUGUGGUCUUGGUCCAGAGCUCCAUUCGUAAGGGUCAAGGAAGAGGCACCUCCACGGAAGAGUUUCUUCUCGGGCCUCGGAGUGCGAGGCUUGGGUAACAGCAAGUCUUUUUCCAGAAAACAUGCAGGCGCAGGCACAAGUGCCGCAAACGCUGCUGAGGAUGUCCGUGUCGAGCUGUCGCCCAAUGCUGCAGGGACACGACCAACUAGAUCAGCCUCUCAGAACUUCAGCUUGUACCAGAAAAGCGUUAUGGACUCCGAACGAAGUGCCACUCGAAUAGCUGAACUAGAGUGCGAGCUAGAGCAUUGCAAACGGGACCGCGAGGCCGCGAUCGAUGUCCUCAAGCGUGACCAUGAAGCAACUCUGAGUCGAUUGAGCCAGGAUAUGGGCACUACGGUAGAUAUAAUGCGACUCGAGCAUAAAUCUGCAGCGCGACUUUAUGAAGUUCGGAUUGAGAGCGAGCGACAGAAUGGAGAGGCAAACCUCAAGUCUCAAGCGGAGACUCAACGCCUCGAGACCAAAAGUCUUCUCGACGAUAUCCAGCGGACCGCAACGUUCCAAGAUGAUGAGAAGGCACGACGGAUUACUGCCCUCGAAACCGAGCAUCAAGGUCUAAGGGAUGAAAACCAAUCCCUCAAAGGUCAGCUUUCCGCGGCAAAGGCCGCCCUCGAGGAGCGCGAAGUUCUCAUUCCCUCCGAAGAUUCUUUCAAAGCCCUAGAAGCGCGAAACCUUGCGUUGACCCAGGAGCUCCAAGUUAUCAAACAACAUCUCGAUACGCCCACCGGAUCCCAGUCCCAAUCGCAAGACAUCCGUCCACCCACAAGACCCGAACACCCUCUCUCACCCACACCCACACUCUCCUCCUCCUUUCUCGCCUCUGACGAGACGAAGACGACAAAUGUGCGCAACAUGUUCCUCAAGGUCAAGCGAAGGCACGACAAUCUCGUGACAGUGGCUAAGAGGAUUCACGACGUGACCACUGGAAUGGACCUUGCUGCGUUCGGCGAAUUUGGAAGGCAGGUAGGGGAGUUGAAGAAGGUUCUGCACGGUGCACUGAAGGAGGGUGCUGGAGGCGGUGUCGGUGGCAGGCAAGUCAGUCGUGGUGGGGAUGGGGAAGGGUAG